GUAAACUAAAGAAAACACAGAGAAAUAUGGCUUCAAGAACUGCAGCCUCCAUUGCCCUUCUUCUCUCCCUCAAUCUUCUUUUCUUCACUUUGGUCACCUCUUGCUCUUGGGGGUGCCCCGGCAACCCAUCACCUAGGCCCAAUAACCCUAGACCAAGCCCAAGAACCCCAUCUCCUAAGCCCAAUAACCCGACACCAAGCCCAUCACAUGGAGCUUGCCCAAGGGAUACCCUAAAACUGGGCGUAUGUGUUGAUCUUUUGAAGGAUUUGUUGAGUGUCACAAUUGGUACCCCACCAAAGACCCCUUGCUGUAGCCUCCUUGGCGACCUUGUUGACCUUGAGGCUGCUGUUUGCCUUUGCACUACAAUUAAAGCUAGUCUUUUGGGCAUUAACCUAAAUCUUCCAAUUGACUUGAGCUUGUUGCUUAACUACUGUGGCAAGAAGGUCCCCCAAGGAUUUCAAUGUGCAUAAAUUUGUUAUGCAUUCUAUUUAUUCCAAGUUAAUUUAAAUAAAUUCUUUCGUUUUGUAUUAAUUUAUUCAUGAGAUGUUUUCUUGGCAUAUAUGCCAUAGAAGCUCAAUCAAAAUAAUAUCUUACUGUUGUAAUCGAUUUGGCAAGAAGGUUUUCUUGCCUACUUCGUCGUGCGUCUGUAUUGUUUUUUUAAUAUAAUGAAAUA